AAAAAAAAAAAAAAAAAAAAAAAAAAAAAAAAAAAUGAUGCAGGAGGUGUCGUGCGAGCGGGUGAUCCCGAAGAUCGUGUACACGCGGGCGAGCCUCUGCGACGAGGAGUUGGAGCUGGACUGGGAGAGCAGCAGCCGAAAGUCGCAGAGCAGCCUGGCGCGGCAGAAGAGGAUAGCCCGUAGCCGAGUGCGGAGGAAUUCGAGGCGAUCGGCGAGCAGCUGCCUCAGCGCCUCGGACUACCGGAGGUCGUCCUCCUCCUCGAGGAGUCCGUCCCCGGUUAGGAGGCAAAAGGGGGGAGACGAGGGCUACAGGCAGUACCUUUUGGACGUACCUGCGCCCGUCCUUGGCAAUGGCAAUGGUCUCGAGUGGGGCGAGAACUGCAGUGGCGACGAUCUCAGCUCCGAGUGGGACUCGGACCAGAGUGCCAAAGAUUGCGGGCCUGGUGCCGAUGGCGAGGGAAUUCGAGACCGGCCCGUCUUACCUAAGACGUCCGGCUGGAGAAAACUGAGGAACAUCGUUCACUGGACGCCGUUCUUUCAGACGUACAAAAAACACCGAUAUCCAUGGGUGCAGUUAGCGGGUCACCAGGGCAACUUUCGCUCCGGUCCGAUGCCCGGCACCAUCCUCAAGAAGCUGUGUCCGCAAGAGGAGGCCUGCUUCCGGCUUUUGAUGCACGACGUGCUCAGGCCCUACGUCCCCGAGUACAAGGGAGUGCUCGACGUCAGGGAAUACGAGGACCAAGAAAAGACCAACGCCAAUGACAUGACCGUGACCAACAGCAGCAACGAAACGACGGAAAACGAGAAAGCGAACGACAAGGGUACGAUAGUCGCUUCGUACCUGCAAUUACAAGAUCUGCUGGGCGAGUUCGAUCAGCCCUGUGUCAUGGAUUGCAAAAUUGGCGUCCGAACGUAUCUCGAGUCUGAGCUCGCUAAGGCCAAAGAACGACCCAAGCUGCGCAAAGACAUGUACGAGAAAAUGGUGCAGGUCGACCCGAGCGCCCCGAGCCCCGAGGAGCGCCGACUCCAGGGCGUGACGAAGCCAAGGUACAUGGUGUGGCGUGAAACUCUGUCCAGCACGGCGACCCUCGGCUUCCGCGUCGAGGGCAUGAAACUCGCGCGCGGAGGCUCGACCAAGGACUUCAAGACCACCAGGACCCGAGAGCAGGUGACGGAAGCCCUGCGCCGGUUCGUGGAAGGCUACCCGCACGCCGUGGCCAAGUACCUGCAACGGCUGAAGGCGAUCCGCGCGACCCUGAAGGCGUCCCCGUUCUUCGCUAGCCACGAGGUCGUCGGCUCGUCCCUCUUGUUCGUCCACGACGCCAAGAACGCCGGCGUCUGGAUGAUCGACUUUGCCAAGACCCUGCCGCUACCGCCCCACUUGGGCCGCAUCAGGCACGACGCCGAGUGGCAGGUCGGCAACCACGAGGACGGAUACCUCAUAGGCGUCAACAACCUCAUCGGCAUCCUCGAGGAUAUCAAAGACACCGACCCCGUCUACCAGUGCCACAACGUCUCGUGAACUUUGUACCAUCAUUUU